GUGUAGGUGGUGUAGGUGGUGGUGGUGUCACGGCACCUAGCCUGAUAAACGUCUGUGGACCACCCGGAACAUCCCUUGCACCGCCGACGGAUUACGCGACGGCUGCGGCUGCGGCUGCGGCGGCAGCGGCAGCGGCGGCUGCAGCAGCAGCGGCAUGUUAUCCCACGGGAUCAACGCUCCCACUUUCUACGUCGCAGCAACACCCACAAUCACAUGUCGUUGAUACCACGAUGACACCAACGUCAGCACCUGUGCCGACUCCGACAUCGGCGUCGGGCCCUAAUAAUCCUGUCGCCAUGAGCCAACUUGGGACCGUCUAUGCUACUAAAAGAAGACGACGUAAUGGCAAGAGUUUGAAACCACCUCAAAAGGAUGGCGUGACUAAGUCGAAUCCGAGUAAACGGCACAGAGAACGAUUGAAUGCCGAACUGGAUACAUUGGCGUCUUUACUACCGUUCGAACAAAAUAUUCUAAGCAAGCUCGACCGGCUCAGCAUCCUAAGGCUCAGCGUUAGUUAUCUUCGAACGAAAAGCUACUUUCAAGUUGUGAUGCACAAGGACAAAGAAGAAAAUUCGCAUCACGAUUCGCACUAUCGUGCACGUGAGUUGGCCGCCCUAGCUGCGUACGAUCAUCAUCACCUUGACGGCGAAAUGUUCCUACAGGCACUGAAUGGUUUUCUCUUGAUAUUAACUUGCGACGGGGAGGUUUUCUUCGCAACUCACAGCAUAGAGAGUUACCUUGGCUUUCAUCAGUCGGACAUCGUUCAUCAAAGCGUAUACGAGUUGGUGCAUAGCGAAGAUCGAGAAGAAUUACAAAGACAAUUAAUGUGGAAUUCCUUUUUACCUGCUGAAAAUGCUAACUUACCGCUUCACGACGCACUCUCACCCCAACACAGUCAUCUUCUUGAGCGUAGUUUUACCGUCCGCUUCCGUUGUCUUUUAGACAAUACAUCGGGAUUUUUGCGCUUGGAUAUCAGGGGACGAGUUAAAGUACUCCACGGACAAAAUAGAAAAACCGAAGAACCGCCAUUGGCAUUAUUUGCCUUAUGUAUACCAUUUGGACCGCCCUCCCUUUUGGAAGUACCACAGAAAGAAGUUAUGUUUAAGAGCAAACACAAAUUAGAUCUUGGACUUGUAUCGAUGGAUCAACGAGGAAAAAUGCUUUUAGGAUAUACGGACGUUGAACUUGCCAAUUUGGGUGGUUACGAUCUCGUUCAUUACGAUGAUCUAGCUUAUGUAGCUAGUGCUCAUCAAGAAUUAUUAAAAACGGGAGCAUCUGGAAUGAUAGCAUAUAGAUUCCAAACGAAAGACGGUGGAUGGCAAUGGUUGCAGACAAGUUCUAGGCUGGUAUAUAAAAAUUCAAAGCCAGAUUUUGUUAUAAGUACUCAUCGUCCAUUAAUGGAAGAAGAAGGAAGAGAUUUGUUGGGCAAGCGAACCAUGGACUUUAAAGUGAGCUACCUGGACGCUGGUUUAACCAACAGUUACUUUUCCGACAGUGAUAGUUUAACGGGUUCCGUUAUGACACCUACGCUUCCAACUCAAUCAACGCCACAAAGGGUGAAUAGAAGAUACAAAACUCAAUUGCGCGAUUUCCUUUCAACGUGCCGGAGUAAAAGGACCAAACUCUCAGCACAAUCAUCGGUAUCACCCCCAGCUACACCUACGAUGGCGUCCGUGGAUUAUCUCACGGCCGACAGUAGUGCUGCAGCCGCAGUCGCUGCGGCUUAUAGCAAUCUGAAUACGAUGUAUCCUACACCUUACGCACCAACGGCUGUAGCUGCAAGCGCUGAUCCAUCGUUGACUACCUAUAUCGGUCAUACGAGUAAUUACCAUCAAACGCUCUAUCCAGCCAGUGCGUUGGACAACAGGUACCUUACCGCUGCUACGGAGAAUCUCUUUCAAUACAGGCCACUUGGUUCGUACUAUCCAGAAUAUCACACGAGUACACCAUACAAUGGCUUUAUUGACGUAUCCCUACCGACCUAUGAGACCCAUCAACUAACUAGCAAAACGGAAGAAAAGCUGUAUUGUCAGCAACUUGGUAGCGGUGAAUCACCGAAGUACAACUACGUCGAGGCAAGUAGACAUCCGAGUAGCGUGAGUGGUUCCCCUUAUGCGGCCAGUCCGGUCGCCAGUGCGUCGACGAUGCACGUUACGACGGCAGACAUCAACGUCGCUCGCGCCGGAAGCAGGCACUCGCUCGAAGGCGGUGCCUCUUCUAGCAACUCGGCCGGAAGUUCACCGGUUACCGGAACAACGAACGGAGUCCUUACUCCAAAAAUGGAGGACGUUAAGCCGGAAGUAUACGGAAACGAGGCGCCACGGCAAACGGUUCUCAUGUGGGGAGCUCCUCCUUCUCGUACACCACCGAGGAACAAUGGUAGCUACAGCCCACCGACUCCUCAUUCGACACAUUCCUCUACGCACUCGACGAAUGCUCCGAAUGCUGGUGAUCCUUUGAAGUCUCUCGCCGAGAUGAAUUCUAUGAAUGGUGAUUGCAAGUGGAGACAAACAUCUCCUAACGAUCAGCAACAAGCCGUGACAGCCUCCAGUCCUCCGAGAAAUAAACAACAUCACGCUCAACAACAGCAAACAUCUCAACAACAAACUCAACAACAGCAACAGCAACAACAGCAGCAGCAGCAACAACAACAACAGCAGCAGCAGCAGCAGCAGCAACAACAGCAGCAGCAGCAGCAGCAGCAGCAACAACAACAACAACAACAACAACAACAACAGCAGCAACAACAGCCACAAUCGCAACAGCAACAUCAUCAGCAACAGCCACAAUCGCAGCAACACCAGGCACAGUAUCCUGCCACAACCACUCAAUAUCAGGCAGCUGCUGCCGCAGCAGCAGCAGCGGCGGCCGCUACAGCGAGCAGCAUAGGAUACGCGCACUCUCAUCCAGGCCAUGGCCACGGGGAAGCGGGCUCCGAGGUAUGGCAAGGAGUGCAACACCACCAUCACUACCAGUACUAUCCCUACCACCAUCACCACCCCGCACCACCAAGGCACACGCCCCAGUUACAGCACACCACCGUCAGGUGCGGCAGCGGGGACUGCGGUGGGAAUAGGCAUGGGCAUGGGCAUGGGCAUGGGCAUGUCCCUAGGCUCGGACAGCACCACCAACAACAACAACGUAUUGUAUCAUCCUCCGCACCACCACCACCACCACCACCAUCACGUAGUGGGCUCAUCGACGGCGGCAACGGUGGGCUCAACUGUACCACAGAUUCCAAACCGGACGCCGGGAGUCCUUUGCUGUCCAUCUCUGAGGUGACCAACACCCUGCUCAACCAAUAGCCCCAUCACCGCCACAACGUCCCUUUAUCUCAGUGAUCAUGGUAUCUCAAUGGAGAUGUCCUCACCGAGACGGAUUACAAAUCAUGUGACUGUAUCAUACAGAUAAUGCCGGUUAAACUAUUAACUUUUAAGAAUAUUCAUAUGGUAUUGUAAUAUAUACUCAUUACGUGGUAUAAUAUCUCUCUUUCAUUAUAUAUUAAUUUAUCCGUAAUAUCGAUAAGUUAUAAGGACAAGCAUCUUCACUAUCUCUAUGGUAUCCUAUCGUCUAUGUCGAUUGAAAAUGAACUAUGGGGGAACUGACUAUUGUGGAACGAUACCGACCGGUUUCACUUUUAUCUUUUCUUUUUCUCGUUAUCAAUUAUAAACGGAGUGAUCUCUACUAUCUAGGAUAUCAGAGUACUGGAACGUAAAGUACUAAAGAGAGACGAUUUUAGAAAAUUUCCUCAAGUUCCCUUUAUAUAUCGAAGCGUUCUAAGUAAAUGGGAGAUCGAGAUAAGCGCGCUAAUUAUAAAUAAAAUUUAUCGUUUAUUUACCGGUGCAAUUUGAGCGCACGGUAUUACUCAUUCGAUAAAAAGCACAAAAAUUUAUUCUACGAUUAUAUUAUCAUCAACAACGAAACGCAACACAUUUUAACGAAUUUAAUUUAUUUCUCGCGAUAAAACUAUAUCACGGAUUAUAAUUGAUGAACGCGUUGUCGUUUUCUUAGCGUACUAUUAUGUUUAUAUACGAUUCCUUUUCUCUUUUCUCUCUUCGUUCUUUUUCUUUUCUUUUCUUUUCUUUUCUUACCUAUUUCUUCUUAAUUUUUGUUUGUUUCGUUAAUUAAGAAAAGAAAUGUUAAUUCUGUGAUACGUCUUAUAGAUAAAUCGAAUGCAAUAUUCUUCAAGGGCAUAUUCGAAUUAUGCGAAAUAUAUAAGAGAUGUGAGAAAAUGAAAAGGAAAUGAACGAGGAAGAAAAGGAAAAAUGAGGCAAAGAGAAAGAGAAUUAACGUUUGCUAAAUGAAUGCAAAAGGAAUAAAAAUCAAAGGGGAGGGAAGGGGCGAGAAAACAUAAAAAAAAAAAAAAAGAAAAAAAGAUAGAAAGAUAGAAAGAAAGAAAAGAAGAAGAAGAAGAAAAGGGAUAGAAAAAAAGAAUACCGUGCACACACUGCAAGCAAUAUCUUUUCUAAAUGACACUUGCAGUCACACGUACAUAAAUACAUAAAUACACACACGCAUAUAUACACACACACACACACAUAAAUACAUACAUACUAUCGAUAAGAAGAAUGUUAAAGAGGAAUUAUAUGAAUUUUGAAAGACUUUAGAUAGGUAUGAUUAUAAAGCGACGUGCAAGUGGCAAGUGCCUAACUACUUGCUCCAAAGAUUAUAAGAAAUAUUGUCAAUGUUCCAUGCGUACACGUAAGCGACUUUCUAAGUUCACCGCGUUAAAGCUUUAAUGCUUAAAGAAAAAAAUCUCUUCCCCUCUCUCUAUCUCUUUCUUUCUCUUCUCUUUCUCUCUCUCUCUUCUCUUUCUCUCUCUCUCUCUCUCUCUUUGUCUCUCUCUCUCUCUCUUUGUCUCUCUCUCUCU